AAAAAAGAAAAAAAAAACAAAAGAGAAAGAGAAAAAAAGGAAAGAGAGAAAAAGAAAAAAAAGACGAAAAGAAGAAGAAGGAGAAAGAAAAUGAAGAAGAAGAAGAAAGAAGAAGAAGAAGGAAGAAGAAAAGAAAAAGAAGAAGAAGAAGAAAAAGAAGAAGAAGAACAAGAAGAAGAG